AUGUCUUGCGCCGAUGAAUCCAAUGAUUACUGGAACUAUAAUGAUCCGUCUAAAUGGCAUGAACAUUUUCCAUCUGCCGGUGGUUUCAGUCAGUCACCAAUCAAUAUAAAGUCGAAUGAAACCGUCCCGCAGGUGUAUCCAGCAUUUUCAUUUUCUCCCAAUUACACGCAUCAACUGCUGUUUACACUGACGAACAAUGGUCAUCAGGUUGCCGUCACACAGGCUGCUAAAAGUACUAGCAGCCAAAAUCAACCAGAUCUAUGGUUUACCGGCGGCGGACUACACGGAAAAUUUCAUUUCGUUAAUUUUCACUUGCACUGGGGCAAGAAUGAUAGACAUGGAUCUGAGCAUGAAAUUGAUGGAUACAGAUUUCCAGCCGAAGCUCAUUUUGUUCAUAAGAAUUUGGAAACUAAAGAAACGGCCGUAUUUGCAUUCUUUUUUGAUAUCGCUAGUAAACACCAUCAUGAAAACGUUGAAUGGAAGAAGUAUGCAGAUGCCGCAAGUCAGUUGAAAAACACUGGUGAUACCGUCGAUUGCACGUUCCAUCUAAGUAACCUCAUGCAAAUCGAAGACAGACAAUAUUUUCGCUAUACGGGCAGUUUGACAACGCCGCCGUGCGCCGAAGGCGUCAUAUGGACAAUAUUCUUCACUGUAAUUCCAAUUGCAGAAAAAAGUUUAAACGAGCUUCGCCAGAACGUGAUGCGAAAAGUUUAUCGUCCAGUGCAACCAGUAAAUGGUCGAGUUAUUUAUAGAAAUUAUGGCCACUGA